AUGCCCUCACCAACCCGCUCGUCGCAUCGAGCACAGUCUCCCUCGGCGCCAAGCUCAAGCCGUCACCACCGCAGCCGACACAGCCAUUCGCACCGCCACCGACCGCGAGACAGCUCGCGCUCACGCUCUCCGCACCGAUCUGAUCGACACCGAUCAGAUCGCCAUCGCCGACAUGGCCAAGAAAAAGACAAAGACCGCGAACAUCGCGAGCGACGACACAGAGAUACCCCAGCGCAACCCGUGGUCCUCCCCCUCCAAGCGCGCGAGCUGUCCCGACGCGACUUAGAAGCAUACGAACCCAUGUUCGGCAUGUAUCUGGAUAUCCAGAAAGGAAAAUUCAUCGAGGAUAUGGAUGAAGAAGAAGUCAAGGGGCGGUGGAAGAGCUUUGUACAAAAAUGGAACCGUGGAGAACUCGCUGAAGGAUGGUACGAUCCUGCUACACUCAAUCGAGCGCGUGAGAGUGUAGCGGAGAGGCCGCCAGCUGGACCGCUAGGGCAGCGUGAUUCACCUGAUUAUGCACAGGGUGAGCGAGAGGGCGGUGAUAUGCCGCGGGAUCAACCAGAAGACGAUGACGACGAUGAUGACUACGGACCUGCUCUUCCACGCGCUGGUUCUGGAAGAGGCGGUGCGCAUUUGGGUCCUACGAUUCCCAAUAUGCAGGAUCUUGAGCUCAAACGAGAAUCUGCCAUUGAAGAUGCGCAAGCUGCCCGCGGCGAAUCUCGAGAACAAUAUCAGGCCGAGAUGCGUGCGCAUAAAGCUGCAACGCGCCAUCUUGAAGAUGAGAUUGCGCCGCGGGCUGAGGCUGGGACUCGGGAGCGGCAGCUGGAGAAGCGCCGGGAACUUGCUGCUGGUAAUCGCGCCUUUGCGAGUCAGCGAGGUAACUCGCCAGAGGCUGCUCCCGAAGAAGAACUCAUGGGCGGAGACAAUGAUUUAUCUGCCUUGAAGCGCGAGAAGGAAAACAACCAGCGCAAGAAGAACGAGCGCGAGAUCCGGAGGGAGGAGAUCCUUCGUGCGCGUCAAGCGGAGCGCGAGGAGCGGGUAGAGGCGUAUCGACAGAAGGAGUCGGAGACUAUGAGUUUCUUGCAGGCUCUUGCAAAGCAGCGAUAUGGUUAA